UUACGAUGGAUCUCGAUUCCCUGAGAUGGCAGCUGGUGGAACUGGGCUUGGUGUGAUCGUGUCGCUGGAUUCUCCUUCUGAAAAUAAAGCCUUAUAUCUGACGAACUGGAACAGCGCUAUCAAUGAGUUCUCUCCAGGAGCCAUGAAGGUGUUGGAUCUCCACAGGGUUUCACCUGGUUUUUGUGUCCGAAGACAUGUUUCCUAUAGGAGAUACACAUACCGUCUUGCUGUUUGUCGAAAUUGGGAACUCUGGGAGUCAUUGAAGGAAUCUCCCUCUACUGUUUGUUUUUCUGAGAGAAAUUAUAGUUGGCGGUUACCUCCAGGCUUUUCACCAGAGAAAGCAUCGGAUGUCUGUGAGCUUUUUAGAGGCCCUCAUGUAAUGGGUUCAUUCUACAAACACACAGCUCGUGAUAAAAGAAGGGAAACGUAUCCACGUAGUGUGGUUAGAACUAUUCUUCACUGCCAACUUUCCAAAGGAGAAGCCUAUUCGGUCAACAAUGAUAUUUAUGAUUACUACAACGUAACCAUCAUAUCGAGAUCGUUCGUCCGAGAACAGAUUCGGCGCAUGAUCUCCUGUCUGGUGUUCCACAGCUAUGACAGACUUCCGAUAGAGAGAAUUCUUUGGCUUCUUCAGAAUCCAAUCAGUUCGAACUUCUACGACAUUCGAAUACCCAUCGCGCCGCCCAAUGGACUAUUCCUUACUGAAGUUGUUUAUCCUCCUGAAAUGUUUACUCAUCCAAUUCCUUAUUAUCGACAUUUUUGGGACGAUCCUGAAGAGGAAAGUUUUGACUCUUCCGAUUUCCGGUGUUGUACUUCUUAA